CACGCUCGCAUCUUCCACAAAGGGAACAAGAUGCAUGGUGUUGGGACGCCGCGAGGGUACGUGCUUGGACGAUCAGGGCAAGGCACGGGCCGCAUAUCGGUUUACAGUUCUGGGAAUCCUGCGCGAGACCGACGCAAACCUGAAAUUAAUCGUAGCGAGUGGAGCGUCUUCGAUGAGGGUCAACGCAAGAGGCACAUCGCAAAGUCCAUAGGGACCCGCAAGUCGCUUUCUUUUUCGCUGUCUCUUUCGCUAACCCCUUCACUAGCAGCGCUGUGUUUCGGACUGGGCCUUUCAGGCUGUUGGAUGAAGUGCAAAGUCCGUGAUAUUAUCCCGACACGGGUAAGAUGGGUGGUGAAUGAAGAGGUUUGGUGGAUGAGUCGAGAUAAGACGGGCCAGCCGCCACGUAAUACAGAGGACUGUGUUGGAAACAGCCUUGCGCACUAUCAUAGUGAUGAAUCAUGUCAUGCGGAGUCAUCCGGGAUGAAAUUUGAACUUGAUUUUGUCUGAAAUGCAUUUCC